CGCACGCCCGCUUCCUUCGCCGGUUUCCUCUCUCGUCUCCUAUUGGCUGUCGAAUUAAAGCUCCCGGCGCUGAUUGGACGGCGGCUCCACGCGGCGAGUUUGAACGGGCGGCGGAGCAACCCGACAGAGCCGCGAUGGGGGACGCGGAGCUGCGCUGCACCGCCGUCGUGGAGCGGCCGCUGCCGGGGGGUGCGGGCCCUUUGCGCCGCGUGCUGCGGGGCGCAUUGGUGCUGCUGGGCCGCGACGAGCUGCGGCAGCCGGUGCUGCGCGUGGCCGGCGGCGGGGGAGAGGCGGCGGCUUUCAGCUUCGCGCUGGGAGGCGACGCCGUGCGGCUUUUCACGCGUUUCGUGGGGGAGGGCCGCGCGGCGGUGCGGGUGGGCCCGGGCGGCGCCCAGGUGCUGCUCUCCGACUGCCCACCCGACGCCCUGCGCCGCUUCUUCCGCCUCCUGAAGCUCAAGUUGGCCGCCGGGCCGCGGGGUGCGCCGCGCCAGCCCCGGCUGCUGGGUCGCCCACCGCCCGCCUUCUCCGUUAUCAGCCCGCUGCAGGAGCGCGACCUGCGGCGUGACCCUGAGCGGGACCGGAGCGGCGGGGAGCGGCCGGCGGAGGUGCUCCGUGCAGAGAGGCGGCCUCCUGCCCGGCUGUCAGUGGAGCAGGAGGCAGUGCUGGGUGCUGUGCGCAGCGGGAAGAGUGUUUUCUUCACUGGCUGUGCAGGGACUGGGAAGUCAUUCCUGCUGAAGAAGAUCGUGGGCUCCCUCCCUCCAAACAGCACCUAUGCUACAGCCAGCACUGGAGUGGCAGCUUGCCACAUUGGUGGCACCACACUCCAUGCCUUCGCAGGUAUAGGCUCUGGGAAGGCUCCGCUGGAACAGUGCAUCCAGCUGGCAGAGAGACCUGGGGUGCGGCAGCACUGGCUGGCCUGCCAGCGCUUAAUCAUCGAUGAGAUCUCCAUGGUGGAUGGCAAGUUUUUUGACAAGCUGGAGGCAGUGGCAAGAGCAGUGAGAAAACGAGAUGAGCCUUUUGGAGGAAUUCAGCUCAUCAUCUGUGGGGACUUCUUGCAGCUGCCCCCAGUUUGCAAGGCUAAUGAAGAAACCACAUUCUGCUUCCAGGCAAAAAGCUGGAGGAAAUGCAUCCACGUAAACAUGGAGCUGACGGAAGUGCGAAGACAGACCGAUAAGACCUUCAUUUCGCUGCUGAGUGCAGUUCGUUUAGGCAGGUGCACAGAGGAGGUUAUCAGUCUGCUGACACAGACAGCUACUAACAGAUCUGAGCGCGAUGGGAUCCUGGCUACACGGCUCUGCACCCACAACGAUGAUGUAGAACUGACUAACGAAAGACGCUUGCGACAGCUUUCAGGAGAUUUGCACGCUUUUGAGGCUUUGGACAGUGACCCGAUGCUAGUGAAGUUAAUUGAUACUCAGUGUCCUGUGGGUGGUAGAGUUGAGCUAAAGGUUGGAGCUCAGGUGAUGCUAGCUAAGAAUCUGGAUGUGUCUCAAGGGCUGGUGAAUGGAGCACGAGGAGUUGUUGUAGGAUUUGAAACUGAACAGAAGGGGCUGCCCAAGGUGAGGUUUCUCUGUGGAGUCACUCGAGUUAUCAAAUUGGAGAGGUGGCUCUUCAAAGGGCCAUCAGGAAUUCAUCUGAGUCGCCAACAGUUGCCCCUAAAAUUGGCAUGGGCCAUUUCCAUUCACAAGAGCCAGGGCAUGUCUUUAGAUUCUGUGGAAAUUUCCCUGUCUCGUGUCUUUGAAAGUGGGCAGGCCUAUGUAGCCCUUUCCCGAGCCCGCAGCCUUGCAGGUCUCCGUGUUCUGGAUUUUGACCCAAAAGUAGUGAGAGCUGAUCCUACAGUGCUGCAGUUCUAUAGACAGCUGAAACGUCACCAACUUCAAACCCAGGAUUCACUGCGCACCCACCCAGACGCUGAUGAGAAAGAGAACUGGAAGUGCAGCUGAGAGUGUUCUUCUGGCCUCUGUGAGGCACCAGCACAGACUGCUGAGUUGCAGCAACCUUGCUGUGAAGUAUAUUUGAUACCAUAAAUGAAGUUGAAGGGUUUUUUUUCCUUAAUUCAACUGACUCUGGAUAUGUAGAAAUCUCCCAGUCCCAUCCCUCUGAACUUGAGAAGUAUUCUGUAGUCUCUUCCUGUGCCCACAAUCUUGAGUACUUCUGUGCCACAGAUGUUGACUAACAAACGAAAUACUGAACAAGGAUGUGUCAGGGAGACCUUCUUUUGAUUUUUAUCCUCUCUGCCUGGUUACAUUUCAUCCUUCAAUUUGACUGUGAAACUUGGGUAUUUUUCUUCAAGGCUACUGCAGUUGAGAGAGGGAAGCUGUGUGUCUCCUUUACCUGGCUGGACUGGACCUGUUCUCUAGAGCUGCUGACAUGACGGAAAGCAGUACUAAGUAUCUAAAAUAUGUAUGUGAUUUUCCUGCAAGGGAGGAUCUGCCAGGAGCCAGGCUUUCACUGUAUAUUGCACACCUGGAUGUUCUUACCUUUUGGAUGUUUAACACCAGCAGGCUUUGUGCAACUUCUUCCACAAACAAAAAUGUACAGAGUUGCACACUGCCUACUGUGCUGAUGCAUGUACUUCUUGUUAGUCUGCUGCAUGCAAUAGCAUGAUUUUUUUUAACCUUCCAAGAUGAGAUGAUAUGAGCAGAUAUGAGCAAAUUAUACUUUUUAUAUUCAUAAUUAUGGAACUACAAGAACUGGAAAGAUCUGUUACCCUUACAGCAAGAAGGGAGUGAGCAGAAAUGAGUGCUGAUGGGACCUUCACUCCUUUAAACAUGUGAGGCUUUCAAAUAAGAAGAAUUUUCUGCUAGAAACGCAUCCAAGUAGCGAGGUAGAAUCUGAACAUGCAAUAGGGAAAUGGCCAAGGACUUGAAGUGGUCUGUAACUGCCUAUUUCAGCAAAUGCAGGGAACAGAACAAGUAUACUGUCCUUUUCGAAAAGCCUUAAUAAAAUAUAAACUUUGGCUUUUUUAUUUUGAUACAUUGUUUAAAGGUUAAGUAAUAGGUGUAUUUUUUUAAUGGUUAAUAUGCAGGAUUAAAGUGAAGUAACUUCCAACUGAAAUUUGCAUCUUUCAGGGGAGUCUCCUUGACAAAAAUUCUGCAGCUUGAGCAGGCUGGAGAACAAGUCUUAGCAGUUGCUGUCUUUAAAGCCAGGCAAGGAGACUGGAUAGCUGUUGGUUAACCUAAGAACAAACAGGUCUGUGGUAAGGCUUCGAAAUGUGUUUUUUUUUUUUUUCUUUUUUUCAAGUGUGGUUUAUUUUUUUUCUGGGCCUAGAUGCUGGCACUGUAGGAAGGAAUAGCAGAAUAUAAGAGUUAUUCAGACAUACUUACUCUCCCCUUCUUGAUGUACAGGCAUUUUGCUUCUUCAAAGAAGUCUUGGUUGGGGUUAGAUGGAAUUAUCUCAAUGGGGACUGGAGCCUGGAAAGUGAGACUGCUCCUCAGCCUUAGGCUGUUUCUGCUACUGUCCUGGUCUUUCAAACUCUUUCCAUUACUGUGUGUAUAUCUGUAAAUACUGUGAAUACAUACAAAUACACUUUUUAAAGAAUUAGAGACUGUUGUUUGAGCCUGACUUCAGCAGUUUGCUCACAUCUGGGGAGGAACUGAAACAUGACCUUCAUGUGCCCCCAGCCCUGGACAGUAGGGUGCCAGCAUGCUGAAGCAUUGCUGCAGGGGCACAGGACUCCCAGAGCCUCCUUCAGGUUUGGGGCAGGAGCCUGAACUCUCCUAUGGCUCUGUACCACAGGGCAACUGGGAUGGAUGAUCUCUCCUGGCCUGAAGGUUGUGCCCUUCAGCUGGCUUGGCAGUGAUGUCCAGUUGGGAUGAGUGGAUACGGGGGGGUUCUCAGGUUCAGUCCUUUCCAUCUCUAGUGGCACAUGUGGAGCACAGGCAUGGCAUGCUGGCCUCAGCCUUUCCUGGCCACCUCUUACUCCCCUGGCAGCAUACCUGCCCUCCUUUGCUGCAUGUCUUCCUCUUACAGCACUUUUGGUCCAUUCUUUCUGCUGCUGUUUUGUACUGCACACCCUGGCCACAAGCCUCUGUGCUGCCUACUUGCACUUUGUGUGUUAUUUUAGCCAGGUCUCAGCCUCCAUCCUCUAUCUUUGUGGGCUGAGUUCUUGCUUUCAUUCCUCUUAUUGCGUGGAUAACCAGCUGACUUUAUGUCCAUCUUCCAUUCAUGUCCUUUGCAGACGUGUCAGAGGCUGUGGAAACCUCAGUCAUCUGGGACAGGGAAGUUGGUUGAGUAUCUAAAGGCCUGUGGGAUUGGGCUUUUUUGCUGUCUUGUGAGUUCUGGAGACAAGAUGUUGCGUUAUGAGGGGUUUGGACAUAAAGAUGUGAGAUCUUGGUGUUCACAGGGCUGUUUACUGCACUUACUUUCCCCACCUCUCACUGCCAUGUUACAUUUUGCCCUUUUUUCAGUAACAUUUUGUCCCCUUUUUUUUUUUCUUUCCUUCCCUAAUAAACGAUCACAACGGCACAGCUGAUGCUCUGUGAUGGGAGCACGGUGGAGAUGUCUGGACCAGCAGCCUUGGCCAACGUCUGGGUGCAGACAUGCCAUUCACCACACAAGUGUAUCAGUUUUGUUUGAAAUUUCAUCGCUGUCCUCUCCUUUAACUUCUUGUACCAUCUGCACCAUUGAGUAUGAUGGGGUGCAGAAGUGUGGCUGCAGGUGCUAUGGUGUGUCACAGGGGAAACGGUCUGUGAUGAAACAGCUGUUUCUGUGGCAGGAGAGAAGUAGGUAUAUGCCUGCAGCAUGGCUGGAACAGUGUUGAAAUGAGAGGCAAGUCAAGAGGGUUCAUGGCCCUACAAAGAAGAGCUGGGGUUUAAUUAUUAUGCUCCCAUAAAUUUGAGGAAAUGAAUAUUGCCUCUCCACUUUCACAAACUGAUGGGAAAGUAUUUAAGCGUGGCUUUUGCCUUAACUUAAUAACUGCAGCUAUAAUAAAGUGAAUUAAACUAUGUGUUUGAUUCAUAAUUGGUAUUUCUGCUACCACGAGUACAGUCAUUCUCUUCUCAAAUACAUUAAGCUGUAGGAAACUGCUUUUUAUUGGCUGAAGUUUCAUAAUACAUUUAUGUGUUAUUGGAAACAUAAUUCACGUGUAGAGCGUUAUUAAAACCUCAGUGGCUUCCAGUUUAAAUCUUUGUACAGUGAUUUAACUCCUUUCUCAUUUUUACGUGACAUUUUCAUAAUAAUUAAACAUGAAUAUGUCCUUGCAGUCUGUACCCAGACGUUCUGUGGUGAGCAGCAAAGGGAGCGAUAUUCUUCUUGGUCUCAGAUGCUGUAAUAUUAUUGAGUCCAUGAAUUACUUCCCCCUAUCCAGAAUUGCUCUGAAUAGAUCAAACAAAUGCUACUCUUAAGUAAUGGAAACACGGUACAUUAUAGGCUAUGCUAUGAAUGCUAAUAAUGUCAUUUUUCUCAGAUAUUAAAAGUUUCUCAUUCUGUAUUAUACUGCUUGAUGACAUGCAAUUGUCUUCUGCUGAUAAAUCUAAGCAAUUGUAUUAUUAGCAUGAGAAAAAACCCAUAUUACUAAAGAUUGCAUUUAGAUGUGUAAAGUCUGUCUUGCUAUUCCUGUAUGAUUAUUUAAUACUUGUUUUCAUUGCAAACUAUAAGGAUACUUGGUGGAAUUUUUUUUAGCUAAGCUACUAAUUCAUGAAAUCUAGUUUUGCUUGCAAAACAAGUGGAUAACAAAUGUAAUAGAAUCAUGGAAUGGCUUAAAUUGGAAGGGGCAUUAAAGACUACUCAGUUCCAACCCCCUGCUGUGGGCUGACUGUCCCCACCAGCUCAGGCUGCCUAGGGCCCUGUGCAGCCCAGCCUUGGGCACCUCCAGGGAUGGGACACCUACAGCUUGCUGGGCAGCUGUGUCAGUAAAUAGCUUCUUUCUAUCAUCUAACUUAAGUCUUCCUUUUUUUUGUUUAGUACCAUUUCCUUCUUGUCCUAUCACUAGGCAUCGUUGAACUUCAUGAGGUUUUCAUGGGCCCAGUUGCUGAGCUGGUUCAGGUUCCUCAGUGUGUUACCCCUUUCUUCUGCUGUAUCAACUACACCAUUCAGCUUGGUGCCAUCAACAAACUUCUGAGGGUGCACUCAGUACCCUUGACUCUGAUAAAGGCUCAUUGAUGAAGAUGUUGGAGAGCACUGGUCUCAAGAUCGGGGCUCCAGGGGACACCACUCAGCCUCCACCUGGGUGUAGAGCUGUUGAUCACAACCCUCUGACUAUGAUUAUCCAAUCAACUCCUAAUCUACUGAAUAGUUCAGCCUCCAAAACCGUACAUCUCCGAUUUAGUGAUGAGGUUGUGGUGUGGGACCAUGCCAAAGGUCUUGUAUGAGUUCAGGUGGGUGACAUCAGUUGCCCACUGAUGACAUCACUCCAUUGUAGAGGGUCACCAGAUUAGUCAGGCAUUAUUCACCUCUGGUAAAGCCAUGCUGGAUGUCUCAGAUCACAAGUUAUAAUUAUUAAAUACUGUUCUAUCUGAAUUCUUACAAGAUCUGUUAUGGUGUUGAUACAGGAGGCUAUCAGAUGUGACAAACAACUUAAGAGAGGUCUUCUGGAAUGGCAACUGGAGGCCAAGUAGGAACCCAGUGCAUCUAAAAAGGUACCAACAAAACUUCUGGCAACUGAAUUAAGCCUACUGUGUUCCAAAUAAAAAGUUAAUGCGUGUUUUUACUGAAUUGUUCAUGAUAAUCUCUUUGCAAGAAUGUAGAAUCACAGUAUCAAUGUCUUUGACAGAAUAUAGUAUUUUUUGUUUUUUCCAUGUAGUAACAUGAAGGCUGGAAUUUUAGGGGAUUCUCUCUUAUUUAAAAAAAAAAAAAAGUUUUUUGGUCAGCUGCUAGGUGGAUAUGGACAUGAACUGCAUCUUUGUGUAUUUUUUUAUAAACUACUGGGAUACCUUUAUUUUCUGUAGUGGUACGGUAUCUUUUCUUUAAAUUACUAUUAACAGUCUGAUUUGUUUAUUGAAAGAUCAGUGAUUCUAAGCCAUCAAAUACCACCUUAAAAAGAAUAUACUGUGUUUUGCAGAUGAAACUCUACCUUCAGGUAAAACUGUAGUAAAACAGUUAUUAUUUAAUAGAUAAUCAAUCUCCAAGAAGAGGCAACAAACAUCUUUUAAUGUCUCCAGGUGAAGGAUAGACAGAUUUAUAGUUGGCUUACUGUUAUUCAGUGAAAAAACAUUUAUCUGGAUUAAUAUAAGAGUCACCUGGUUUGAAAAUAGCUUUUAAGCUUUGUAACAUUUUGAAAUUCAUACACUGUAAUCAUCUUCAUCCUGAACUCAUUCUGUAAAAGCAUUCUUGGUAAGUUUC